GAACAACCAAGUAGAGAAGAUGGUGUGGGACGGAGGAAUCGAGCCCAAUGGCACAGAAGGAAAGAACUUCUACAUCCCUAUGUCCAACAGGACUGGGAUUGUUAGAAAUCCUUUUGAAUAUCCACAGUAUUAUAUGGUAGAUCCAAUAAUGUACAAGGUUCUGGCUUUCUACAUGUUCUUUCUGAUCUGCACUGGAACUCCCAUCAACGGUCUGACAUUGCUAGUAACCUUCCAGAACAAGAAGCUCCAGCAACCUCUCAACUACAUCCUGGUGAACCUGGCAGUGGCUGGGCUCAUCAUGUGCGCUUUCGGUUUCACCAUCACCAUAACAUCUGCCUUCAAUGGAUACUUCAUUCUUGGACCAACUUUCUGUGCCAUUGAGGGAUUCAUGGCUACACUUGGAGGUGAAGUUGCUCUCUGGUCACUGGUAGUGCUGGCUGUUGAGAGAUACAUCGUUGUCUGCAAACCCAUGGGAAGCUUUAAGUUCAGUGGGGCUCAUGCAGGGGCUGGAGUUCUUUUCACUUGGAUUAUGGCCUUCUCAUGCGCUGGACCCCCAUUGUUUGGCUGGUCCAGGUACCUCCCUGAGGGCAUGCAGUGCUCCUGUGGACCAGAUUACUACACUCUAGCUCCAGGCUUCAACAAUGAGUCAUAUGUCAUCUACAUGUUCGUGGUUCACUUCUUCGUCCCUGUGGCUGUAAUUUCCUUCACAUAUGGAAGCCUUGUGCUAACUGUCAAAGCUGCUGCAGCUCAGCAGCAGGAGUCAGAAUCAACCCAGAAGGCUGAGAGGGAAGUCACACGUAUGUGCGUCCUGAUGGUCUUUGGCUUCCUGGUAGCUUGGACACCAUAUGCUACUUUCAGCGGAUGGAUCUUCCUCAACAAGGGUGCAUCCUUCACCGCUCUGACAGCAGCUAUCCCUGCCUUCUUUGCCAAGAGUUCAGCAUUGUACAACCCUGUUAUCUAUGUGCUGUUUAACAAACAGUUCCGUAACUGCAUGCUGAGCACUAUUGGAAUGGGUGGCAUGGUGGAGGAUGAGACCUCAGUUUCCACAAGCAAGACAGAAGUGUCUACUGCCUCUUAAACACAGAGACAUUUUCCUAUACAUGGACAUUUCCCUUUCUACUAUCGACUUCUUUUUACUUUUUGAUCUGGAAUAACCUCAAUGCGGAGUACUGGAGUAGUAAUGAACAGCUCCAGGAAGGAACUCGUGUCAUCUUUUUCCCAAAGGAUACGAGAAAGCUUCAUGUUUGCCUGAAUUCAAAAUCAAUGCAAAUAACGUUGUAGAUGUAUGUGAAUGCUCACUUUGACUUCCCUCGCAGUGGGAGUCACAGUUGCCCCCAAUAUCUUUCAGCUAUUUGGAAACACUGAAUGUAUGAAACAUCCUUCAUCAACAAAUCUGUUACAAGCCCCAAUGUUUCUUACAUCAGAGGGAGCAUGUUUUGUACUGAUUUCCAAAAUGAGCAACUAUGUCAAACAAUUUUUUUUGUCAUUUGCUGUGUUGGUCAUCAUGGAUUGUAAACAUUGUAUAUAUUAUUAACAUAGAUAA